CCCAAAAGUGGUUAAAGAGCUAAAACCCACCAACGAUUCGCCCCCUUUUCCUCUGCAGAAUUAAAAGAUGAGCAGGGCUUCCAGUCUCUUCCAACUAUGCCAGAUUCCUUCCACCAAUAUGCUUCUCAGAAGCUCCAAGUUCCCCAGAGCUACGAAUAAACUGCCUUGGAACACAGGUAUGAAUGUCAUACCUGUUCGGAAACUUUAUCCAACUCUGUGCUUCUGUAAAACCGUGCAAACUACCACGUAUGAAGUUGUCAAUGGAAGCUAUGUACCCUCUACACAAACUAAGCAAGAAAAGGAAAUGAAGGACAAGUCAUCAGCAAAACUUGAUACAGUUGGUGCAUUUCAAAAGCUGCCCAUGGUGAUGCCAUCUGUUGAUAUACUUCAUUCAGCACUGAGGAAGGCAAAAAGGGUUUUACCAACAAAGGGGAUUGCCAAUAUUGCAAAGCGAGAGAGAAAUAGAGGUGCAAAACAACUUGAUGCACUGAUGAAAGAAUUGGUUGUUCCCUUGAGGACAUAUCUGGAGAGUUUUCCAAAGAAGAAAUAUCUUCACCCUUAUGAACGAUCUCUUAUUGAAUUAACACUUGGUGAUGGGAAUUAUGAAGAGGUAUUGGGAAAUGUUGAUGCUCUGAGGAAGAAGGUGGUAUCUGUCGGAAAGGAACAUGCUUCUUUCUGUGCCAAGUCCUUAACGAAGCGUGAAGCUGAGGAAAGACUAAGUGAGGGUGUGAAGAAAAUUGAAGAGGUGUUCAACCAUGAAGCUGAAGUUGUCAAUGAUUUGUUACAUAUUGCCAAGACUUUACGGGCAAUGCCAGUUGUUGAUUUGGAAACACCAACUCUCUGUCUUGUUGGAGCUCCUAAUGUGGGCAAGUCAUCUUUGGUCCGCACACUCUCUACAGGGAAGCCAGAGGUUUGCAACUAUCCUUUUACGACAAGAGGAAUACUAAUGGGUCAUAUAGUUCUGAACUACCAGACUUUUCAGGUGACAGACACUCCUGGCUUACUGAAGAGAUCCGAUGAGGACAGGAAUAAUUUGGAAAAGUUGACACUUGCUGUCCUAUCACAUUUGCCUACCGCAAUAUUAUAUGUUCAUGACCUCUCUGGAGAGUGUGGGACCUCACCUUCUGAUCAGUUUCUCAUAUACAAAGAAAUAAAGGAAAGGUUCAGUGACCAUCUGUGGGUCGAUGUUGUGUCCAAAUGUGAUCUGUUGCAAAAGUCUCCCGUGGUCUUCAUCACAGAGGAUAGUCCUGAUCAUGUAGAGCUGGCAAGGUACCGGAAAAUGGGACCUAAUGGAGCUAUGCAUGUAUCUAUAAAGAGCGAAGCAGGGCUUGCUGAGCUGAAGGUUAGAGUGCAUGAGCUGCUGACUUCGCAGAUGGCCAAGAUCAGAAGUCAGAAUAGCAACCAAGAAAAUAUAGUUAUUACCUAAGGUUGAACUCUUAGGGAUGCCCAUUUGCGGUAGAAUUGCGUUCAAAGUAGCUGACUCUCAAAAUCUUGACAAUUCCCAUGGAGAAAAGAACAAGCAGAACAAGCUCAAGAUGGUAGAAUCCAGGUUCUCACCACUACCAAAAACUGCAGCUUCAAAUUUGAUGAGGAUUGCUCACUUAGCCUAGUUGAUCAGGGAAUGGAUUUAGGUUACAAUAUUAUUUAUUUUGGAAACUUUUCUUUGUAAUUGGUGUAUACAAAGUGUAUAUACUUAUGCAUUUAUUCCCAUAUUGUUGUCGAAAAUUUUGGCAGUUCUUUUUGUUCGAAAACGCCGGUGAGUUGUACAGUUCCAAACACUUCCAAAUGAACUUUCAGAACUUGUGAUUGACUUAGCUUUUGUUCAA